AUGAAUUUACCGCAGCCAGUUUCUUCACCGACUGAGCAAAUCAAGACACCGGAUUUAUGUGCGAUUGAUUCAUCACAAAAUAGUGAUCCAAUGGUUCCACCGGAUUCGGGGGCAACAGAUUUAUUACAAAAAGAUCUACUACUGAAUGAGCCAAUGGUUCUACCGGAGACAGAUUUUUGGAUGACAGAUCCAUCACCGAAAGAUCAACCGCCGAGUGAUUCGACGGAUCUACCUGGAAAGAAAUUGUGGACGAUAGAUGUAUCACAAGAAGAUUUAACGACUAGUGAUUCAACGGAUCUACAGGAGACGAAUUCUUGUGGGAUGGAUUUAUCGCAAACAGAUAAUACAACGUUAAGUGAAAUGACCGAUGCGGACGAAGAUGUUUUCGAAGAUUCUGAUGAUGUUAUGUAUGACUCGUCGGACUCGUCGGGCUCUGUCGAAGUGGACCUUUUUGAAGGUACGCAAUUCUUACCCGUUGAUUCAACGUGGCAGGAAACAACUACCAAACGGUUAUGUGAAGAAUAUCGUGAUAUGUUUCAUAACGAUAGCUUAACACUCGAAUAUUCCACGACGCAGGAAGAAUCGACCAAUAAUAUAAGAGAUGAGGUUAAGAUCGAAGAAGAACACAAUUUAUCGACCAAUAAUAUAUGUGACGAAGUUAAGAUCGAAGAAGAACACAAUUUAUCGACCAAUAAUAUAUGUGACGAGAUUGAAGAAGAAUCCAAUUUAUCUACCAAUAAGAUAUGUGAUGACGUUAAGAUUGAAGAAGAAUCCAAUUUAUCUACCAAUAAGAUAUGUGAUGACGUUAAGAUUGAAGAAGAACCAAAUUUAUCGACCAAUAAUAUAUGUGAUGUGAUUAAGAUUGUAGAAAAACACAAUUGGUCUGAAGUAAUGGGGAAACCACUGACCGAAGAAGUCGCAUGCAAAGGUUUCGUUGGUGAGGACACCGAAUCUUUGUUCAAGACGUUGUCAUGGUGGGUGACUGGCUCGGAAAUCUAUGACAAAAAAUUAAGGGAAAUAUUCAAAAAAUUUAUAGAAGUCGAUGCAGAUGUGGGGAGAUAUUUUAAAACUGAGAAAAAACGCAAGUCCUUUCUAGACGAUAGAGAAAAAGCUGACCAAUAUGAUUAUGCCAUGAAUAUAGUCAAGAAAGAGUUACAAUGCGCAGCAUUUUUUCUAAGAACUACUAUAAUGGUGUUCAAUUUGGUCGAUCAAUUUGGGAGUAUUUGGAAGGCGUACUAUAAAAAUGUAAAUAAAAAGAUAAUUGGAGACAAAGAGCACUGUAUUUAUUUAAGACUUGAUAAUGAGACGCAUUUUGAAAUAGUGGUGGACGUAAAAGAAGAAAUGGAAUUUAAUUUUGAAAUGGAAAUGCACGAACGGUCGAAUUUUGGUCAACGACCUUUUGGAGAAAAAGUAUGGGGAGAACGUUAUUCGGAAAAUAUGCCAGGCCUUAACGGUAAAAGAAAAGAGAGGUGGGAGGCAUCUUCCUAUGAAUACGAUAAUAUGAUGAAAAAUAAAUUGAUACCCAAAAGUAUAAAUCCGUCACCAGAGGAUUUCGAAACAAACAAAUGGUUCUAUCCUGUAAAUUCUGACUGGCAAAUAAGGAUGACCAAUAAAUUAAAAAUACCUUUAACAAAAGUACGCGAUGAAGUAGGCAAAAAAAACCUCAAUCCUUAUAUUAUCACCAAGAGUAUUAGAGGUGAUGGAAACUGUUUGUUCAGGGCGCUAUCCUAUUGGGUUACCGGCUCGGAAGAACAUUACAACAUAAUGCGGAAGUGUAUAGUUGAUUUUAUGAAGAAUGACACACAAAUGGAAUUUGCUCUUGGUGCUGAGAAAGUCGACGCCUAUUUAAAUGAAACUAUGAUGGCUGAAAAUGGUCAAUGGGGAACCGACAGAGAAAUUAUUGCCGCAGCAGCUCUCCUAGAAACUUCAAUAUACGUAUUCACCCCUCGUCAUGAGUGGACACUGUACAAAAAGGAUUUUACAAUUCUAGACGAUGCCGGGGAAGAUGAGAUGUGUCUUUAUAUACGCAAUUGGUAUCAGUCACACUACGACGUAGUAAUUGACGUUCAAGAUAAAGAUGUUCUUUUAGGAAAUUUAAAGUAG